AUGAUUCAUAAAAAAGGGUUUUCUCAGCAGUUUUGGCCGAUGGCCAGCCGUCCGGUGAAGCGAUGUCAGUGCUGGACGCUCCCCCCUGUGCGCGUGCGGGUCGAGAGCGCACCAGUUCGGUUCCCACUAAGGUCCGUAUGGCCCCUGGACAAUCCACUGUGCCCGGUUACUGCUUUUUGGAACGAGCGCUAUGCCAAUGUCCUACCCGAGGGCCACCCUG